AUCUUCCUCGUUAACGAUUUAGGUCUUCGUGUGACGACCAAAUUAAACAUUUCCCGGUGAAAAUUUCGAAGCUCAAAUAUACAAACAAAAACAUCGCGCCAACACAAUUCAUCUGAUUUUUCCAAAAAUCAAAACCUGAAAAAUUCGAAAACCCGCCAAAAUCCAAUCUUUAUUCCAAAAACCUCAAAAAUGCCUCUUCGCAUCUUCACCUUUUCUCUCCCCCUUCUCUCCUCCAUCCUCAUCCACCAAAUCUCGAUCUCAAUCUCUCUCUUGAAUCAAACCAAUCAUGGCCGACGAAAAGGAGAAUUGCGUUAGAAUGACAAGAGCAGCGACUAAAAGAAAAGCUUCAAUGGAAGCGACAAUAGACGAAGAACGAAUCAACAAAAAGAGAGUCGUUCUCGGAGAUCUUCCAAACUUGUCCAACAUCAAAAAGCCUCGAAAAGCUACAAAGAUUCUGACAAAACAGAAGAAAACAGUUUCGAUUCCGACACUCGUAACCUUAAACUCAGACAUUGAUACAAGAUCUGAUGAUCCUCAGAUGUGUGGUCCUUAUGUUACUUCAAUCUUUGAGUAUCUUCGUCAAUUAGAGGUGGAAGCAAAAUCAAGGCCUUUGGUUGAUUAUAUUGAGAAGAUUCAGAAAGAUAUAACUUCGAAUAUGAGAGGAGUUUUGGUUGAUUGGUUAGUAGAAGUUGCUGAAGAAUACAAACUUCUCUCAGACACUCUUUAUCUUGCUGUUUCUUACAUUGAUAGAUUCUUGUCUCUCAAGACUGUUAAUAAACAAAAGCUUCAGCUUUUGGGAGUUACUUCAAUGCUUAUUGCUUCAAAGUAUGAAGAGAUUACUCCUCCAAAUGUGGAAGACUUUUGUUAUAUUACAGAUAAUACUUACACGAAACAUGAGAUUGUUAAGAUGGAAGCUGAUAUACUUCUUGCGUUGCGAUUUGAAUUAGGAAACCCGACAAGCAACACGUUUCUAAGACGGUUCACAAGGGUUGCACAAGAAGAUUUCGAAAUGUCACAUUUACAGAUGGAGUUUCUUUGUAGCUAUCUUUCGGAGUUAAGCAUGUUAGACUAUCAAUCUGUGAAGUUUCUUCCGUCUAUUGUGGCUGCUUCAGCGGUGUUUCUCGCUAGGUUUAUCAUCCGUCCAAAACAACAUCCCUGGAAUGUAAUGUUAGAAGAAUACACAAAAUACAAAGCGGGUGAUUUGAAAGAAUGUGUGGGUAUGAUACAUGACUUGUAUCUGAGCAGAAAAGGAGGAGCAUUACAAGCUAUAAGAGAUAAAUACAAGCAGCAUAAGUUCAAGUGUGUGGCCACAAUGCCUGUAUCGCCAGAGCUGCCUCUUACGCUUUUUGAAGAUGUCAACAUUUAGAGACAACUUUUGGUCAUCAGCAAAGAUUGUAUAAAACCAGGAAGCGGUUUUGUUGGUUUCUUUCCUUGGUGUUUUGGGUUGUACAUGUCUUAGGACUACUUCUAGUUGUGAUUAAGGAUCUUAACUUAUGUUUAAAGAUUUUGGCUACAUUGUAGUUAAUGAAUUUUUUGUUUAAGCGUAUACUCUUUGUUA